UACCUGCAUCAGGUGUAUAAAUAAAGAAGAAAAUAAAGAGAACAUCAGCAGUUCUAAACAUGAGUGCUAGGCGUGCAGGGUUGAAGCGUAAAGCUGCAGAACAAGCAGAAGUUAAAGCUAAAAGAGCUAAAGGGGAGACGGAUUUAAGUGACAGUUUAAAGUGGGAUUAUCAUGGAGAAGUUGUGAAAAAUGUAUGUCCACUGUUAACGCUAACAUCCCCAACAUUACCGGGAAGUCAGAAAGCCGCAGGUUUCGAUAUCGAUUUCACUGUGAUUAAAACUGCAAGUGGGAGAAAAUUCGCAACAGGGGCGUCAGACUGGGAAUGGUGGGAUGAAAGUGUUCCAGAUAAACUAAGAGAGCUUCAUAAAGAUGGAUAUAGGGUGAUUUUCUUUACCAAUCAAGCGGGAAUAGAAAAACUUAAAGUCCAACCAGAAGAACUUCAGCGGAAAAUUGAAGCUAUUAUCAAAGAGUUAGAUAUACCAGUUUUAGCGUUCGUAUGCACCGGGGAGAAUCAUUACAGAAAACCAAGUACUUUGAUGUGGGAAUACUGGGAGACAAAAUGUAACCAAGGAGUAAAGGUUGAUAGGACUAAAUGUUUGUAUGUUGGAGAUGCUGCUGGGAGAGCCAAGGAGUGGGCACCAGGAAAACCAAAAGAUUUUUCUUGUAGUGACAGAAAGUUUGCUGCCAACCUUGGAGUCAAGUUUCAAACCCCUGAAGAAUUUUUCCUUGGAGAGGAUCCAGCGAAAUUUGCAUGGCAGUCAGUUGAUCCAAACACUGUCUUGAAAAAGACAGAUGUAGCAAGUAAAGAAUACCACAGUAAAUCACCAGAGAUGGUAAUUAUGGUAGGAGCACCAGCAACAGGAAAGAGUACAUUCAGAAAACGUUAUUUUGAACCUCAUGGUUAUAUAGCCGUCAACAGAGACACCAUGGGAACCAUGCAGAAAUGUGUGAAGGCAGCUACUGAGGCUCUGAAGACAGGGAAGAGUGUUGUUGCCGACAAUACUAACCCUACACAGGCAGCUAGGAAAGAAUUCAUCGAUUGUGCCAAGAAAAGUGGUGUACCCUGUCGGUGUUUUGUGAUGGACACUCCCAUUGAUCUUGCCCAUCAUCUCAAUUAUGUCCGGCAAAACCAGACAAAAGGCGGUGUCCGACGGAUUCCAGAUGUCGGCUACAAUGUUUAUAAGAAAAACUUUGAGGCUCCAUCAAAGGCUGAGGGGUUUACUGAGAUUAUCCAAAUACCUUUUGUUCCAAAGUUUGACAGUAAAAAAGAUGAAGAAAUAUUCAAACAGUGGACGUAAAACAAAACAUUGUAAACUACAG